AUGAGAUUACAUUAUAGAAGAAAGUUUAAUUUUUUACGGAGGAUACUUUUUAUAUUAUGCAUUUUUUCUCUGUAUAUAUCAAGAGAUUCAUUAAGUCUGAAUGCAAAAAAUACGUUACUGGGCUCUAAUUUUUCCGAAUAUCAUGGUGGUUUAAUAGACGAUAUUCAGGUUUUACGAUGCUACUGCUGGUACAGGCAAUGUGGUUCCCUAUAUGCUCCAAUAUUACAGCCUUCCGGUGCCAGUAAACUGGUUAAGGAAAAAAAGAACGUGUUGUGGAAUAGGGUUUCUAAGAACAUAAGUGCAGAGCCAAUAUAUUCACUUGAAAACGGAAUUUUUUACAAUAGCUACUUGUAUGUCCAUGCCAAAAAUAAACAGAGCAAGUUGAAAAAUUCGAUAAAAGAAUUAGCUAUAGCACGAGACUCAGCGUUAAUUCCAUUAGAAGUAUUGAGAGACAUCAACAAAAUGGUUAAAUCGAGUGACAGUUCUGUCUUCCAUAACCACGUAUACCAGCGCGAUAAACCUACCUCACCUUGGUGGAAACUACUUUUUGGUAUAGCGGUGGAUUCAGACGAUAUAUCCGUGUUUGGUGAGGAGUGGGUAUACAAAGGAAGUGGCAUAUGGUGCAAGUAUAUUCUUAAUGAUGAUGACAAUGAUCCGCCUAUAGUAAAUUUAGAAAUGUAUUUAGGCUCAUCAUUCAUUGAAUCAAGACCUUAUUGGAAAGAAGUUAUUCAUGAAUUCCACAGAAAUAAUAUACCAUCGUUGCCCAUAUCAAUUACAAGAAAAAUUAAGACUCCGCGUGCUCGUCGUGGGCCUUUGAACGGAUUAUCAGGGCCUUUAAAAUCACCUGAUAAUGAAAACAACAUUUUAAGAUUACUUCAAGUAGAUGAAGAUUACAAAAUAACAUCUCCCCAUAUCCACUUUUCGAAGGGACAAAGGUCAUUCAAAAUCCUUCAAAUGACAGAUUUCCACUUUAAAUGCACAGAAAACAGUAUGACAAUCAUUAACGAAAUAAAAACGGUAAAUUUUAUUGAUCGCAUACUCGCCUUAGAGAAUCCGGAUUUGGUUGUUAUUACGGGUGAUCUGCUAGACUCCACAAACUCCAUGGACUACCAAACUUGCAUUAUGAGGCUUGUACAACCAAUGAUCUCCAAUAAAAUACCUUAUGCAAUUUCCCUAGGUGCAUCUGAUGAAUCAAAACUGGCUGCAUUGCCGCAAAUAAAAGACUUUAUCAGCAACUUACCUUACUCGUUUAAUCACGUUGCAACAGAAGAGGGGCAUAUGGCUAUACAAGUUUCAUUCACAAAAAAAUUGCUGAAGCAUGCUCUCUUUGAAAGAGAAACAGACAUUAAAUAUGAACCAAGUCCAUCAGAAGCUUUAUUUUUUAUUUUUGAUUCCUUCAAUCCUGUGAAUAACUUCUUGUUAAAGUACAUUGAUCUUAUUGGGAAAAUUGAUUAUGGUUUGACAUUCCAGUACUUCCCCCUAUCGGAAUAUAGACCGCAUGGACUGUUUCCUAUCAUCGGACAAUAUAAUGAAAGAUCAACUUUAACCGUGGAUACGUCUAGGUCUAAAGGCGAGGUUUCGAUGAUGAUCGGCGGUAAACACUAUAAUAGUUUUCUUGAUAUCCUGAAUCUUUGGAAUGUGAAAGGUGUCAGUUGUGGACAUGAACACAAUAAUGAUUGUUGCUUACAGUCAAAAAACGAGAUGUGGUUAUGUUAUGGUGGGUCCGCUGGUAUGGGCGUGUCAAGGAUGGAGGGCCUCUAUCCAAAUGUCAGGUUAUUUAAUUUGGAUGACAUUAUGGAUGAAAUAACAUCGUGGAAAAGGAGUUCUAAUUUUGUUGACGAGGUUUACGAUUAUCAAUAUAUUUAUAAGGGAAAACAACAAUAA